AACCAAAGCUAAAGAAGAAAAGAAUAAAGUCGCCAACCUUAUACUAUAAAUAACUAUAUAAUUAUAAUUUAAUUAAUUAGAUAUCAAUGAAGUACCCUAAAAAAAAAAAAAAAACUACUCCCCCUAACAAACACGUCCUUAUUUUUUUUUAAAAAGAAGAAAAUUCAAGUGGGCUUUGAGCUGUGAUUUAGCUGGCCCUUGAUGUAAUAUUUUCUCUCUCAUCCUCACUAAAUAUACACAUACAACUCUCCUCAGAUUUCAUACACUACCUACAUUACAUAGAAACCCCCAAAAUUUUCCUUACAUUAAUAAAAAGGAAAAUUCAUUACUUGAAAACACAAAAACAAAAACCCUUCUCUUCUUCUUCACCUCACAGUCCUAAAUCAAAAUCUCCUCUUUUUUUCUCUCUCCUCUUUUUCUUCUUGUUUCUCUCACUAGACAAGAAAACAAGAACAACCCACAUUAUUUUUUUCAGAUCUCCAUUUUCAUUACCAAAACUAAAAUCAGUGAGAGAAUUUGAGAGCAGCUCACUCUCUUUUCUUAUAUCCUUGUAAAAAAGGAAAAAAGAAGAACAGUUCAUUUGAUUUUAUAAUUUAUUUCUGGGUUGUUUUAUAGAUGUCUCAUAUGAGAUGAUGAAGAAGACAACCCAUAUUUCAAACCCUUUGUUAAUUUGUUCUUCUUAUUUUGUUAUCCUUCUAAACAUUGUUUCUUUACUAUCGGACACCUCCUCGGCUUUCAUCGGAAAUGGGAGGCUCAGCGAAGCGGAGGUGAGUUACAUUAGCCGACGGCAGCUUCUGUAUUACAAGGAUGAGUUCGGUGACAGAGGUGAGAAGGUAAGCGUCCCGCCUAACCUGAGUUUCGCCAACCCAAGGUUAAGGGACGCCUACAUUGCUCUUCAAUCGUGGAAGCAAGCCAUUCUAUCCGACCCAUUUAACUACACGGCUAAUUGGGUCGGAUCCGACGUAUGUCAUUACACAGGUAUAUUCUGUGCUCCGGCACCAGACGAUCACAACAUUGAGACAGUUGCCGGCAUCGAUUUAAACCACGCAGACAUCGCUGGCUACCUCCCGGAGGAGCUGGGUCUCCUCCGGGACUUGGCGUUGUUUCAUAUCAACUCGAACCGAUUCUGCGGGACUGUCCCGCAGAGGUUCCGCAACAUGAGAUUGUUGCACGAGAUAGAUCUGAGUAAUAACCGCUUUGCUGGGAAGUUUCCGAGAGUGUUGCUCUCUUUACCCAGCUUGAAGUACCUAGAUCUAAGGUUUAACGAGUUUGAAGGAACUGUCCCACGAGAGUUGUUUGAUAAAGAUCUUGAUGCCAUUUUCAUCAACCAUAAUCGGUUCCAGUUCGAGCUUCCGGAUAACUUUGGGAACUCGCCGGUGUCAGUGAUUGUUUUGGCGAACAACAAGUUUCAUGGGUGUGUACCUGAGAGCUUGGUUCACAUGGAGAAUUUGAAUGAGAUUAUUAUGAUGAAUAAUGGGUUUAGAUCUUGCUUGCCGAGUGACAUGGGUUUGUUGCAAAAUCUUACGGUUUUUGAUGUUAGUUUCAACGAAUUGAUGGGUUCAUUGCCGGAGUCGAUUGGUCAGAUUACGACCUUGGAGCAGCUCGAUGUGGCGCAUAACAUGUUCUCCGGGUACAUUCCGGCUAGUAUUUGUAAGUUGCCCAACUUGCAAAACUUUACUUACUCUUACAACUUCUUUACCGGUGAGCCGCCGGCUUGCUUGCGGCUACCUUCGACUAGUGAUAGACGGAAUUGCAUUCCGAAACGGCCCGUGCAACGCUCUGCUUCUCAGUGCAGAGCGUUCUUAUCACACCAUAUUGAUUGUAGCUCAUUUGGGUGUGGUUCAUCUACACCUUCACCUUAUGCUCCAACUUAUCCUUCACCACCUGUUGUUGUUUAUCCUUCACCGCCUCUCAUCUCGUCUCCCCCUCCUCCCGUGUUUUCGCCUCCACCUCCACCACCUCCCGUGUACUCCCCACCACCGCCUCCACCUUCUCCACCACCGCCUUCACCUCCACCACCACCUCCGCCAGUUUACUCCCCACCUCCACCCCCACCACCACCCCCACCACCGUCUCCACCUCCAUCACCGCCACCACCACCACCGCCAGUCUACUCUCCGCCGCCACCGCCACCCUCCCCACCUCCACCUUCACCCCCACCUCCCUCGCCUUCACCGCCACCGCCUUAUCUAUACAAUUCACCUCCCCCGCCCCCGCCUUACGUUGAGCUUCCACCCCCACCAGCACCAUCAUCACCGCCGCCUUGUCCUGAACAUCCACCGCCAUUUAUGCCUCAUCCUUCGCCGCCUUAUGUAUAUGUAUCACCACCCCCACCUUCGCCGCCACCCGCUCCAACCUAUGAAGGUCCAUUGCCACCCAUCUUUGGAUUGCCAUAUGCUUCACCUCCACCCCCACCUUUCUAUUGAUUCUUUUGUUGAGAUGAAAAUUCAAAUUCUCUUUCCUCUAACUUCCCCUCUCUUGUUGAAAAUCAUGAUCACAUUCUUAGCUACCAUUAUUACUAUUACUAAAACAACUAUCAUUACAUUUUACUAUUUCGCUUCUUCAAUUGGUGUUUUCUUUCGGGCAAUAAAAGAGGUUGUUGUAAGCUUGUAUCAUAGCUUAUAUAGUCGUCUUGUAUCAACGGCGAUGACAACGACGGCGAGAAAUCAACAAAGAAGUGAAAAACAAAGAGGAGGAAGAAGUCUAUAUUCCACAAAAUUCAUUCAUAAAUUGUUAUGGAUAAUCUGAGUUUGUCAAAUAAAAUUUGGUGCAGCGGAAGGUCGAAAAAAGAACCAAAAAAUUCUAAAAAAACAAAAAAAAAAAUUAGAAAUUGCAGGGGAUAAGUGUAUGUAUAGGCUUUUUUUAUGCAAAAAUUGAGGAAACAAUCAUAAAUGUGGAUGGAUUAAGGGGGAAAUUUGCAGCUAUAACACUUAUCCCUGGUGUUGCUGCUGCUGCUAUGUGGGUUUGUUAUUAAUUUCUUUUUUUAAUUUAUGAUCAUACCUUUUUUUUUUUUAAUUUCAUUUUGAUUCUCCAUUUAUAGUAUAAUUUUGGAACAAUUUUUACUUUGUAUCCAUUUUUCAGAAUUCAUAUCACUUUUGUCUCU